AUGGGGAUUUUCACACCUAAACAUCAGAGGUUGGUCAAUCAAUGUUAUCCCACUGGCAGAACCACGGAUAAGAAGCCUAAAUCUUCCGAGACGUCGUAUCUUUUAUAUUAUGUCAAUUCAAGACGUAGUAAAUUGGAAAAAGUUAGUAGUUACUUGAUUAAAAAAAGUAACAAUGAUAUGAAUCAUAGAAGAGUGGGAAAUAUAGCUGUUACCUUGGAAUUAAUGAAUAAAAUUGUUAAGAAUUGUAAAGAAAAUUUGAACGUAUUUAUUAGGGAUUUUUUCCAAAUUAUGAAUAACAUUUUGACAAAUGCUAACUUUAAUAAUGAUGUUGGUAUAGUGGAAUUAUUGGAAAUGACAUUUAAUAGUAUUUGCACCAAUUUAGAUGGUGCAUUGUUUAGUGGAGAUCCAGAAUUUAUUAGAGGUUAUUCUGCCUUUGUUGAUUCAUUCUUUGUUGUGGCUAAUGAAAAACUUCAUAAUGAUGAUUUACUACUGAAAUGUUGCUUGGAUAUCUCUUUGACUGAUAGUCUAGCAAGCAAUCCAAAAAUCAAAAACUAUGUCUCUAAAUCUGUUACAUUUUCAUUAAGCAAAUUUCAAGAAAGAAAUCCAAUUUUUAAAAGAAUCUCGCUCGAUCGUACAAAUCUUUAUCAAGCUUCCAGUCCUAAUUUAACCAAAAGAUUGAGUAAAGUACAAACACGUCCUGCAGGUUUAGAUACUUUGAAUAACGAAGAAGGACAACCAUCCGAUCUUUCCUUAAUUGCUUUACGUUCCUUUUUCAGUACCACCGAAGGUGAUAAAUUAGGAUUAUCUAUUAAUGCAUUGAUUGAAUUUAUACUAGUUACACCAAAUAAAGAAUUAUUGGAAUUUAUUUGUAAUGGUAUCCCAGUUCAAUAUAGAUAUUUUGUCAUAUUGUUCUUAGUUCGACAGCUAACUCAAACUACGACGACGACAAAGCCCUCAAAUUCAGAUCCAAUAGUACUAUUAAAAUUAAUUUCUGCCAUAUUGACUUCUGAUAUUAGUAUUGUUGGAUUAAGUGUCUUAGAUAUCAUGAGGAAAUUAUUGGCUUUCCAAUUGGAACAUUAUAAAGAAAAUAAAACCGUCGAAGAAUGUUGUUUGACCAUCAGAGAUUUAAAUAAUAAGACAUACUAUAAAGAACAAAUGUCAGACAUGUUAUAUGAAAUUCUAGUCAAAUUGAAACAUUAUAAACAUCUUUCAGGGGGAGAAGGGAAAGUUGAUACAACAAAAGAUUCCAUCAAAAUAACCAUAUUGACAAAUGAUGCAACAGAACUAGUCACUUUUGCUGGACAAGAAGCAAUUAGUUUAGAAUUAUUUGCUGAAUUAGCACCAAUUUUAAACAAAUGUAUUGUACCAUUAUUUAAUAUUGUCGAACGCCAACUUUCAACAGGUGCCGCAUUUACAAAAGUAUUUCAAUUACUACGCCAAAUCAAAUCAAAAGAUAUUCAACAAUCAAUGAUGGAGAAAAUUUUUACCAAGUUUGGGAAAUUUGCAUUAUUAUCAGGACUUAAUUUCUUUUUAGAGAAUAUCACAAAACCAGAGGAUGUUUAUUACUUGUAUCAUAAGCAAGCAGCCGACUUUUUACAAAUAGAUGAUUACAAAAAUCAAACGGAAUACAAAUUACAAUCCCAAUCUCUUUUCUCCAAAGAUGACCUGCUGAAUUAUUAUUCCGAUUUGGGGUCAAACAAGUUUAGUAAAAUGGGAUCACAAAUAUUAAUGUCACGACCUACUCAUGUCUCCACAUCUGACUUAGUUUCAGACAAUGCCACACAUUCUAUGACACCCGACGGAUUCAGUAUUAAAUCUGUUUCAAAUGGGUUGUUAUCCGAAGGUGCUAUCCCAAUGAACAAAAGAGGCACCGAUAAUGCAUCAAAAUCGAAAGCUCAAAUCUUAAACACAAAAGGUAGUAUAUAUAGACUAGCAUCAGAUGAUAUGAGAUCAUGGAGGACAGCAAGAUCGAAGACGCCCAAGAUAAGUGACUUGAAAAAAGUUGUUAACACCAAAGCUAAAACGACAGAUUCCCAAAACAAGGAAACUACAAAAACAGCAUCUUUACGUGGCUCUCAAUCAGUAAAAUCAAAAGUUACAAAUAUAACUUUCUUAUUAAGCGAAUUGAAAACAAAUGACUAUGCUGAUGGAGAAACUAAUAAAAUUCAAGACCCUGAUGAAGACAAUAUUGUCGGAUUAGACAAAAUUGAUAUCGCACGAUCACAAACAACAAAACUGAAUUCACAUAACGCUCUCCCAAGAUUAGGGAGCCGAAACUCAACUCUCUUGAAAUCACAAGCGAAUGUAGUGCUCCCGGACAUAGAUGAUGCGUUUGUUGAUGCAGCAGAAGGAAUCAAUGUUUCCAAUUCAAGGGGGAAGUUAUUUUCAUCUUCUUGA